AUGUGGACCUUUGUGAGCGCUGGGAGCAGCGGUGGCGAUCCGCUCUUGCGCUCGUUAAACAAUAAUAAGGGCCGGCAAACUUGGGAGUUCAAUGAGAAGGCAGGCACGCCAGAGCUGCGCGCGGAGGUGGAGCGCCUUCGAGCAGAUUUUACCGCCAACAAAGAUAAACAACAUCAUUCAGCGGAUGAGCUUUUAAGACUGCAGUCC